AUGCGCUUCGUCCGACUUCUCCCCGCCCUGGCCUUCGUCGCCGGGGUCGUCGCCCAGGACGAUGGCGACAAUAACGCAGAGGUUCCCGUCGAACUCGAACCAAAGCGCUUCAUCGUCGAGUUCGCCAGCGGCACCCACACCAAAACCAAGCGCGACGAGCUUUCGUCAGAGGAAGGCAUCAAAGUCCUCAAGACGUUCGAGUCGGCCGUCUUCUCCGGAGCCAGCGUCGAGACGGAUAACCACAACCUCGACACCCUCCGAGACCUCCCCGACGUCGUCGGCGUCUGGCCAAACAGCAAAGCCAACCUCGUCGCCCCCGUAAAGCGGCAAGUCGCCGUCGACCCCGAAGCCGCGGACGAGUACGCCGUCCACUGGGCCACGGGCGUCGACGCCCUCCACGAACAGGGCAUCCUGGGUGAGGGCGUCAAAAUCGGCGUCGUCGACACGGGAAUCUGGUACAAACACUCGGCACUUGGCGGCGGUUUCGGCCCCGGGUUCAAAGUCGCCGGCGGACGCGAUCUCGUCGGAGACACGUGGGUUGCGGGUUCGACAAAGACGCCCGACGACGAUCCGGCCGACCAGCAGGGUCACGGCACGCACGUCGCCGGCAUCAUCGCCGGUGAGUCCGCGUCCGGGUGGCGCGGCGUCGCGCCCAAGGCGACCCUCUAUGCCUACAAGGUUUUCGGCCCCGGAGACGGCACCGACACGGCCACGCUCAUCGACGCCUUCCUGCAGGCGUACAACGACGGCAUGGACAUCAUCCACGCCAGCGUCGGAGGCAGAGGCGGCUUCGCGAAUAACGCCUGGGCUGUCGUGGCGAGCCGCAUCGCUUCCGAGGGCGUCGUGGUGACCAUCUCUGCCGGCAACUCCGGCAACGGCGGGGGUUAUUAUGCCAGCAGCGGCAGCUCCGGGGAGAAUGUCAUUGCCGUCGCGAGCGCCGAGGUCAAGAGGAGGAGCACGACGAGUGCCGACGACGACGGCGGCGACGUGAUUCAGCCGUCGUACUUCACGAGCUGGGGCGGUCUGUACGACUUGUCCGUGAAGCCGGACAUCGCCGCUCCCGGGUCCAACAUCUUCAGCACGUGGGUCGGGGAGGAUAACAACCAGUUCGUCCUGCUCAACGGGACGAGCAUGGCCGGGCCGUAUGUCGCCGGCGUGGCGGCGCUGUACAUCUCCAAGCACGGCGGACGGACCGUCCACUGCAAGGAUUUCGCAAAGAACCUCGCCAUGCGCAUCAUCUCCACCGGUUCUUCGCUGCCGUGGUUGCUUUACGGCGGUGCCGCGGACCCGAGCUACAGAGCCCCGUCGCAACAGGUCGGCGGCGGCCUCAUCGACGCCAAGAAGGUGCUGGAGUACGGGACGAAUCUCAAGCUCGCGCGCUUCGGGCUUAACGAUACGGCAAACUUCCGCCCCAGCCAGAGGGUCACUAUCCGCAAUGACGGAAAUGAGGCGGUCAGGUAUACUUUUGAGGUCGAGAACUGGGCUGGUUUCGACAUGUUGAGGAGCUUCGACGCGCGGGAUCCGGGCGAGACGCCUCGGAUUCGGUACCGCCCCGAGAUGGUCCCUUCUAAUUUUUCGGCGACGGCAAGUGGCCCUGGGGAGUUUUCUUUGGCGCCCGGAGAGUCGCGGGAAGCAGGGUUCGUCUUCCAGGCGCCCCAGGGAGUCAACGAGACGGCCCUUCCUGCGUACGGCGGACGUGUGCUUGUUAAGGGUGACAACGGAGAGACUGUUGCUGUUCCGUUCCAGGGACUUGCGUUUGACUUGAAGGAGCAGAUGCAAAGCGCAUUCCACGGGACUUAUCCGUGGCUGAGAUCCACGAGUGCUUACAGCAACAAGACGACCUUCAACUUGAAUACCGCCACGGGGGCACAGGACUUUCCCAUGCUGUUUAUGAAGGUCAAAUGGGGGACUAGGGAGGUCCGUUGGGACAUCUACGAAGCCGGCUUUGACAACGAGCGCGACUGGGAGUACCCGCCGGUCCAGGGACAAAAGGGAUACAUCGGAUCGGCGACGUCGUGGUCUAGGGCAGGCAGCGUUUCGACCUUCAACCCUGCGCGGCACGACGCCAACGACACAUAUGCGUUUCCCGUCGUCGAUCAGGGGCGCAAUGCGUUAACUACUGGCGGGUUUACGACGACGUAUUUCUGGUUUGGCAAGCUGGCGGAUGGAAGUCAGAUUGCGCCCGGUGAAUACACCAUGCGAUUCGCCGUCUUGCUGCCGUUUGCCGACCCGGCUGAGGCAGGCAGCUGGAAGGGGUUGACUACGGGCUUUACGAUUCUCCCGAGGAACGGGACUGUCUCUCGACGAGCUCGACCUUGA